UGACGCGACCGCUUUUUCUGCACUAAAUAUAGGUUUUAAUUGCUCAAUGAAAACACGGACUGUACUCUGCUGACAGGACUGUUUCAGAUCCUCGGGUGGGAAUGGGAUGUUUUUGAUUUGACCGCCAUCCUGGAGGAGAAAAUUUAGAUACACCAAAAUGAUACAAUAUAAACACAUGACAUGAUAUGUGAGUGUUUGUGCAUCUUCAGACAAUUCAAGGUAGCGUUAGCAAGCUUUGGCAAAAUAACAGUUAAUGUGCACGAGAAGGUUUGAAGGAAAUAUCCUCAGCCUGCCUCAGACACCCACACCUAACGUGACAAAGCGAGCACCAUUUCCGGGCUCGUGACAUCGGCUAUAGUGGAGCGGGACGUCGGUGUGAGGGGCGCGGGGAGCGGAGCGGUGUCGGUUAACAUAGCCGGGCUGGUGGACGACAGCAUGUCUGCGGGAAAGGGAGCAGGGAAACCCGCCUCGAUGUGGGACAAUAUGCGGAUACGGUUCAUCGUUUGCUUCCUGGGAGUCUUCGUUUGUUACUUUUACUACGGAAUAUUACAAGAGACUAUCACUCGAGGGGAUUAUGGUCACGGAGACCAAAAGGAGAAGUUCAGGUUUGCCCGGACGCUGGUCUUCAUUCAGUGCAUUAUCAGUGCUCUGUUUGCUAAGAUCUUGAUCCAGUUUUUUGAGGGCUCCAAGCCGGAUCUCACCAAGAGCUGGCUCUACGGGCUGUGUUCCCUUUCUUAUCUUGGAGCCAUGGUGUCCAGUAACUCUGCCCUGCAGUAUGUCAACUACCCCACACAGGUGUUGGGGAAAUCCUGCAAGCCCAUACCUGUGAUGAUCCUCGGAGUGACAAUUCUGAGGAAGAAGUACCCGCUGGCUAAGUAUCUGUGUGUGCUGCUUAUUGUGAGCGGUGUAGCGCUGUUCCUCUACAAACCCAACAAGAGCUCAGCUGUUGCAGAUGACCAUGUUUUUGGGUUUGGGGAGCUUCUGUUGCUACUCUCUCUGACAUUGGACGGUUUGACUGGUGUGGCCCAGGACCACAUGAGGGCACGCUUCCAGACGAGCGCCAACUACAUGAUGCUGAAUAUCAACUUGUGGUCCACUCUGGUGCUGGGACUAGCGGUGUUGUGGACAGGGGAGGUGUGGGAGUUCCUAAGUUUUACUGAACGCCACCCGAGCAUCAUCUACAAUAUUCUUCUGUUUGGACUGACCAGUGCUCUAGGCCAGACCUUCAUCUUCAUGACUGUGGUGUACUUUGGGCCUCUAACGUGCUCCAUCGUCACCACCACAAGGAAGUUCUUCACCAUCCUCGGCUCUGUUAUUCUGUUUGGCAAUGUCAUGACUCCGAUGCAGUGGUUUGGCACCAUCCUGGUGUUCCUCGGUCUCGGAUUUGAUGCUAAAUUUGGCAAAGCCCCGAAGAAGACGACACAUUAAAACACCUGGAGCACAUGAUAAAAACAUUUCGAAUGCAAACACUCUAUAGCCAGUAUCUUAUUUUCAUAGGAUGUCCUGUAUAGGCAUACUGUAUGUGCCUAUGAUUUGUUUAAGAAUGGUCAGAUUUUUAACUUAACUAUUUAAAAGAGUGUCCAGCUUCUGUUGUAUACUGUUGAUGUACCGGAGAGACGCAUUUUACUUGGGAUCAAGUCCUGGAUGAACUGUGACGAGCCAUUAUUAUCCUUUUUUUUUUAGAUACCACACUUUUGUCGAGGGCUUUGGACUGGCUGAAAGAUACAGGUGGAAAAAAUACUGUAUUUAGACAAAUCUUUAUGUUUCUGAAACCAGCUCACCUCCCUUGGAUGGACACUGAAACCAAACAAGGCCUCCUAAUAUAUACAUUUCCAGCAUUUAACUCAUGAACUUGCCACCAAAUAAGGCUUUGUUUACAAACUGUUGCUUGAAUAUGUGUAAUUAUCACAUAUGUCAUAUUUUUUCUCAGCGAACAAUCAGCUGAGCAUCAUGUCAUCUAUAAGAUAUAAACAGUAGUACGUAGCCUGAGUUAUGUCCAAUCUUACUAUUGAAUUGUUUUUACUUUUAUUUUCUACAAGUUCAAAAGAACUUACCAUAAAGGGAAAUUGUGAUA